AUGGACGGUGCUGACGCUUUGUUAACUGGGCUUGCCAGCGGGGACCGAGCGCCCGCGGAUGCCGUGGUUCCAGAGGCAAGUAUGAAGCGAGAUCAGGACUCCGUGGAUGAUUUUGAGCACCUAGAGGGUGAGGGCAAGAAGGACGAUAUUAGUGACUCGCCGCUGCAUAGCGCACGGAAUACUACUCAAAGUUUCCUUGACAUGGAAAGAGAUGUGUUUCUAGACACACCUCGUGCUCCCUCCGUCACAGAAAAAUCGGAACACAUCGCUGACAAAUUUACAGAUAGUGAAUCGGAUGCCGGCGAGUCACCUAUGCACCGCCCAGUGCCAGCUAAAGCACGAGAUCCCGAACCCGCCCCUCCUACAGACCCAACGCCUGUGCUGACUCCAGCUACUGUUACGAUCCCAGCUCCUUCGCAAGAGAAGAAAGAACCUGAGCCGGAAUUAAUGUCUGACGUUGCCCCCAUUAUAAACGAAGUGAAGCCUGAAUUUAAGCCCAUGACUUCCCCUGACAUUUUACUAAAGCCUUCAGAAUCUAAGACUGAAACGAUAUCAACGGUUGUGGAGCCAAAACCUGCACCAGCGCAACCAGCACCUGCUCCCGUGGUUUCAGUUAAACCGAAGCCCGAGGCGCCUCGAGGGCCCACUGCACACAUCAUUGAGGCAGAGGUUAUUUUCUGCCAAAUGGGACUAGAUGCUUGGUUCGACCCGCAGAGACUACACCCUGAAGGUGAGUGA